AUAUACAUACAUCAUCUUCAUCUCCCAUUGAUCUCACAUAACCACAAAAAAGUGUCAAAAAACAGAAUACUAGCAAAAUGGCAGCUCGAGAGCACACCGUCAAUGGUGUCCACACUACUAAUUGGAAAAGAACAAAAACUUUCACACACCAACUUCUCACAGGUCGUUGGUUCAUGUUAUUCGCAUCAUCACUAAUCAUGUCCGUAGCAGGUGCAACCUACAUGUUCGGUCUAUACUCAAACCAAAUCAAAACCUCUUUAUCCUACGACCAAACAACACUCAACCUUCUCAGUUUCUUCAAAGACCUCGGCGCAAACGUCGGUGUUAUCUCCGGUUUAAUCAACGAAAUCACACCACCUUGGGUUGUUCUCUCCACCGGUAUCAUCAUGAACUUCUUUGGUUACUUCAUGAUAUGGCUUUCGGUGACCAAAAGAAUCCAUACACCAAAAGUAUGGCAAAUGUGUGUUUACAUUUGCAUUGGUGCAAACUCUCAGACUUUUUCUAACACCGGUGCUUUAGUUACUUGUGUUAAGAAUUUUCCUAAUACUCGUGGUAGUGUUUUGGGUCUUUUAAAAGGUUACGUUGGUUUAAGUGGUGCUAUAAUCACACAAAUUUAUCAUACUUUAUACUAUAGUGAGAACAAUAAUGAUAACACUCAAUCUCUUAUUUUGCUUAUUGCUUGGCUUCCUGCUGCUAUUUCUUUUCUUUUUCUUCCAACUAUUAGAAUAUUGAAAUUAGAAACCUUAAGACAAAAAGAAUACAAAGUUUUCUAUAAUCUUCUUUAUAUUUCACUUGGUCUAGCUUGUUUUCUCAUGGUUUUGAUCAUUGUUCAAAGCAAGUUAUCUUUCUCAAGGAUGGAGUAUUUAGGUGAUGGAUGUGUUGUUAUUUUCUUACUCCUUCUUCCACUUGUUGUUGUAUUUAGAGAAGAAUUCAAACUCAAUAGCCUCUCGAAGAAUGAUAGUUCAAUAUCUCAAUUAAAAGUCAUAGUCGCUGAUGUCCCGUCUCAUAACGUGUCAUCAAAUGAACGAGAAGUUGAAGAAUCAACACAUUCUGAAAAGAAAAUUUCUUGUUUGAGGACAAUAUUCCAACCUCCGAAUAGAGGUGAAGAUUACACAAUUUUGCAAGCUUUGUUUAGUAUCGACAUGUUGAUUCUUUUCCUAGCAACAACUUUUGGUGUUGGUGGAACAUUAACAGCGAUUGAUAAUUUGGGACAAAUUGGUCAUUCGUUGGGAUAUCCAAGUAAAAGUACCACGACUUUCGUGUCGCUGGUGAGUAUCUGGAACUAUCUAGGACGAGUUGCGUCGGGUUAUUUAUCAGAGAUCUUGUUAACCAAAUACAAAAUCCCUCGUCCAUAUCUACUCACUGCUGUAAUGCUUCUCUCUUGCGUUGGUCAUAUUCUAAUCGCUCUUGGUGUUUCUAACUCUCUUUAUUACGCUUCGGUGAUUAUUGGAUUUUGUUUUGGAGCUCAAUGGCCGUUGAUGUUUGCGAUCAUUUCAGAAAUUUUUGGAUUGAAAUAUUACUCAACUUUGUAUAAUUUUGGAGCUGCGGCAAGUCCUGUGGGAUCUUAUAUAUUCAAUGUGAGAGUGGCUGGUUAUUUGUAUGAUAAAGAAGGUUUGAAACAAUUGGAGGCAAAGGGGUUUAGGAGACAAGAAGGGAAGGACUUAACUUGUGUUGGUGUAGAGUGUUAUAGAAUGGCUUUUAUUAUAAUUACAGCAUCAACUUUAAUAGGAUGUUUUGUUUCUUUAAUUUUGGCGUUUAGGACUAGAAAGUUUUAUAAAGAUAUAUAUAGAAAGUAUAGGACAGAACUUGAAGCAGCUGAUGUUGACACGAGGAUUGUGAAAAAGGGUGAUGUUCUGUUUGAAAAUGAAGACAACCGCGGCGUAAUGUUAGGUGCGGCUGCGGCCGGGGAUUCACAUACUCCCCGGCCGGAAGGACAUGUCAGAGUAUGAAGAAUUGAUUGGAUCAAAAUUUAAGAUCUGGUUAAAGACAGGUGUAGUUAAUCUCAAUUUAUUGUUCAUCCCUUGCUUGCAUUUGAAAAGGAAGUGUACUUUGGUUGUAGUUACUAAUUGGUGUGUACUAUUUUUUGGAAAACAAUUGAAUAGUUAUGUGGUGAUUAGUUUGAUUUGCUUUGUGAAAUUAUGAAUAAAUAGUUGCUUGUGGAGUUUCUUUUUACUGUUA